AGGGCACACACCUAUUCCCUCACCUGGGUCAGGUGUGCGCCCGCUGGGCGGGUCCGGUCGGGGAGGCGGACCAAGGAGAACACCGUCCUCUUCCUGGACUGGAGUGAGGAGCUUGGGCACGGAGCGGAGCCGCUGGCACCAUGAAUAACCCAAUACCUUCUAAUCUGAAGUCAGAAGCAAAGAAGGCUGCCAAAAUAUUAAGAGAAUUCACAGAAAUAACUUCCAGAAAUGGGCCUGAUAAGAUCAUUCCUGCCCAUGUGAUUGCAAAAGCAAAAGGUCUUGCAGUUUUGUCUGUGAUUAAAGCCGGGUUUCUGGUCACAGCCAGGGGAGGCAGCGGGAUCGUCCUGGCACGUCUUCCGGAUGGAAAAUGGUCUGCUCCUUCAGCCAUUGGGAUAGCUGGGCUCGGUGGAGGAUUUGAAAUAGGAAUAGAGGACCAAGGACCUCUCCCCACAUUGAUGCCAGACAAGGCCGUCCUCUGCUGCAUUUGCUGCUGGAGCCAUGGGUCCCUCCAUGUGUACUCUUUGGUUGGUGGUUUAGUCCCUGGGAGUUCUGGGGGAGGGGGGGUCUGGUUGGCUAAUAUUGGGUUGGAAACCUCCUUAGCUACCUCAGUCCUUUCCCUUAACUCCUCCAUUGAGGACCCUGUUUUCAGUUCAAUGGUUGGCUGUGAACAUUUGCCUCUAUAUUUGUCAGGCUCUGGCAGAGCCUCUCAGGAGACAGCUAUAUCAGGCUCCUGUCAGCAAGCACCUCUUGGCAUCAGCAAUAGUGUCUAGGUUUGGUAACUAUAUAUGAUUAAGAUAUAAAACUAUUGCUUCUGUAUGGAAAAAUAUCCCAGAUUAAUUGGACAUUUCGUGGCAAGGAAAGAGACCUGUGGAGCAGCCUCCCAGCAAAGCACAGAUUGGGCAGGCUUCAAUGGUGAAAGUAAGUUUACAUCUAAUUUAUCCUGUUGUAUCCAGCUGAACAGGCAGGCUUGUGUCCUCCAAGAAAGUUCCUCCUGAACACUGUAGACAUAUAGAGAGUUCUGCAGGUAAAACAAACAAAUGGACAAACAAAACCUACAACAGGUAGCACAUUCUUCCACACAUUUAUUCAAAGAUUAUAACAUUUACUCCCAUUGUUUUCUUAAUGGGCAAUUCGACUCUGAGAAAUGCAGUUUUGAAAGCCAGUAGAAUAAGAAUAUAAUGACAGGGUAUGUGUUGAAUACAUUUAACAGCUUCUUUAUAGGAAAAUGGCAGUAAAGUCCAAAGCACAGAAAACAGCACUGCUUUUAGCCUAUCCUAGAAUAAGCAGAUUGACAGUUCACAAUAGACACUGACUUUCUAUCACUGGUAUUUGGUAGGGGUUGGAGCACCAACCAACCUCAGCCUUUUAUAGAGAGAAUAUAUAUUUAAGCUUUGUCAGAGAUGAGAGUUUGUUUAGUCUUUGACCCUCCAAGGACCAAGCUGAGUGAGGACUAGGAGAUGUUGGGAGGCAACCACUAAAUCUGGUUUGUGUGGUGAGACUAGCCACUGCCUCAGAGUUAGACAUGUGAGCCCCUGUAACAAGAUCAGCAGGAAAACUGCAUAGCUUCCAGAGUCAACAAGGAUUGGGAGAAUGGAGAGAAGGCAAGCCGACCUCUGUGGAGUAUGAGUAAGAAAAUGCAAUACUCAUCUACUCACUGCAGAUAGAGAACCUACAACAGACCAAAGUCCCAACCGAGUGAACCAGUGAGUUUUCUUGGGCUUACUUAUAGUAAUAUGGGUUGGGUAAGGGGUUGUUAUAGGAGCAAAAAUGACUCAAAGACAAGCUGCACCAAUAAAGGCUUACUCAGUUCUAGGCAGUUCUUCUAGUUUCUUCUUCUUCUAGGCAGCUGAUCUUGGAGUCAUCUUUGCAUUGUUAAUCCCACAGGAUAAGAGUAAUAUGACUACCACAAUAUUUGAGCCAAAUUUGAAGAAAGCUUUAUUAAAUACUGUUAAGAAGAUGAACACUGGCCAGAACCACCCCCAGGAUUCCCAGAGAAUGCCACUGAAUUACAUUAGACAGAGACUUAUAAAGGCAAAACCUACAAGUUUAUAUACUUUGUGCCUUCAUCCAAUCAGGGACAAGCAUACAUCCUGACAUACUUCCUAUCUACAUACUUCCUACCUACAUGUGAUCCAGCAUCCUGUGUUGUUGGGACAGCCAACCUUGUUUACUGAAGUGAAAACACAUGGGCUGUUAUUUUACAUGAAUGGCCCCAGUGUUCCAAGAAGUUACCUGUUUACAGAAAAGUGGAGCUUAUGUGUUAGAAGCAUUUUUGUUUUAUAGAUCUCUUAAGCACAGUAAUUAAAACUUAACCUUACCCCUCACACAAACUGCAAGAGUCUUUGCAGCUCAGCUUCCUUCCACCUAAGGAGAACUUUCAGCUUUUAUUGUUUACUCUGAAGUAGGCCUACAACAAGGAGGAGCUAGUGAAUUUAGUCAGUUUCAGGAACUUCCUGAAGCUAUUUUGAGUUGUUUACCUCCCUGCUUAAGAAGCAUCCUACAGGAAGGAAUGUUUCAAUGACAUACAGCAGGAUGUAAAAGAACAGUACACCAGGCUUCUUAUUAGUGCUCAGAGACAGGCUGAUGACUAGCAGCCAAAUGACAGUGUUACUUCUGAGCCAUAUCUGAAUUUGUGUGAAGACCUCAUUAGUGACUCAGGAAUGUGACACAAAUCUCAAGUAGCUUUCAGACAAUAUCUCAGAGAAAAGUCUCCUGAGAGCAUUUCCCUCAGAUGUUUUUGGAGCUGGCAUUUUUAGCUCUCAUGUUUAAGAGUGUAUUUAAUUGAAAAAUGUGUACCUUUUAAAUUAAAUUUUGAUACAGAGUAUUCAAACUUUAUCAGAUUCUCCAGUGUUAUACUAUCUCAGUGUUGCUCCACUGCCCUGCCUUCAUCGGGAAGACUUUUCUGCUUCUGCUAUAGAAAUCUCGCCCUUUGGCUGUUAAUCUUUUUCACUAGUAGUAUCACCAGGGGAAAAACAAAAACAAACAAAAAUUAGGAUCAUCUUACUCUUAUUUCAGAGAAACCAAAUACAGAGCAAAGAGCAAAUAGAAAAUUAGAAGCCUGACUUUUCCUAAGUGGCCUCUUUCUUUUUAUUACUUUACUGUUCUGAGUGGUUGAAAGUAUAGGGUAAAAAGUUUGAACUUACUUCCAAGUUUGAAAGCCCACCAAAACCCACCAACUCCUGAGCUCAAAAACCUACCAAUCCCAGAGCUAAAAGUCCCAAUUCCUGGGCUUGCCCCAAAUUUAGGAUUUGAAAUCCCAUCAACCCUACCCUUCACCCUAGAAAACUCCUCCCCCAAGAAACCCUGUGUCCUGCUCAGUUCCCUCUGACCUCUUUCCUUAGCAGAGUACAUCUCUUGUGUGAGAUUCGUUGUGCAGUGUGAGUUUGUGGUGUUCCUUGGCUCCAGACUGCCAGAAUACUUUUCUACUUAGAGCUGCAACACUUGGAAACCUUUCCCCUCAAAGCCUACACUAAACAGUAUGCAGCAAGGAGUGCAGCAUUUCUGGAGAGAAAUUUACCUCUUUUGAGUGUGAAUGUACCAAACGAUACAAGGUUGUUUUGUUACCUCCAGGUGCCUAUGAGACAUCACAACAUGAAAUGCUUAAAUGGGCAGACAGAAUGCUCUCAGGUGUAGUGUAAUCCAGCAUUCAGCAGACCAAGACAGGAAGACUGUAACUCCAAGGCCAGCAUUGGCUGCAGAAUGAGAGACUAUAGAAAGCAAACAAACAAUAAUAAAGAGAUGCUAAACUAUCCUGUCAUUCAACACUGCAAUCUUCAGAAGUUUGUCUGUAUUUCCGUUGGUAUAAGUGAUGAUGCAGGCCAGUCCCUGGGCGGAGUUACUGGGUAUCAGACAGCCUGGGCUGUCUUGGAGCAGGGGAUGAGGUGGGGAAGGGCAAUUAAGAAAAUGGUAGGAAGCUCAGGGCAGUCAGCAGGGUGGGGACUUGCGCUGAUAAAGACUAUCUGGAUUGACUAGGUGCCCUUGCCCAAGGUUGUUGACCUUUGGGGGAGGUUAAGGGUGGUUUCUGGCAAAUAGGACUGGGCCUUAGGAGAUCUGCUUCUCUGGUAAACAGAAACCCUACCUUUAGGCUUUAGUCAUCCAUUUACCUGGCCAAAGUCCUUUUUAGGACAGUGUCACUCUUACUGCCAUGGGGGAGGGGGAGUUUGCACUGGACAGUUAGCAAGAGUUGAAAAGGCUUCUGCACUUGCCCAGAGCCAUUUAUAUCAAGGAUGUUUUUAAUGACAGGAAUUUUCUGUACAUCAAAUGAAACACUGCUCAGAAAACACUUAGAAAAUGUCAAAGAACUAUACACAUUAAGGCAUCUUUUAGAAUCUGCUUGGCUUUCAUUAACUUCUUUUCCUCACACAGAAGAGGGUGGCUAUGUGAGCAUGCCGCCACCACCAUUACAAAGAAGGAGCCAGGCUUUGAGAGUUUACCGACAUUUCCCCCAAGGUGACACAACAAUUGAGACUCAGUGGCAUUCACACCCAAUUAUCUUCUAAGUAACCCCACUU